UGAUGGAGCUGUGGGCACUGUCUGCUGGAGCCAUGACAAGAGGUGGUUGCUGUCUACGGGCCGAGACCAGACACUGAGGGUGUGGUCAGUUCACAGGACAGAACUCAUGCUGCUUUUGGCUCCAGAUGCUUUUCCUAAGCCAGUAAUAUCUGCACAAUUCUACUACAUGGAUACUUUCAUACUGCUGUCUUCCGGCCCUGAAUUUUGUCUGUUGAAAUACCACAUUGACCUCUGUAGAGACGACAUAUGCAGGUAUAAACCAAAAAGCAGGUAUAAGCCUAUUUUCAGGCUCCCACUGACCAGUGGGGUGGACAUAACCAGCCUGUCAGCCGUGAACGACUUUUACUCCCACAUCAUACUCACAGCUGGCCGGGACCGGACUGUGGAAAUUUUUGACCUCAAUGCUGGUUGCAGCGCUGCAGUGCUAGCUGAAGUCCAUUCCCGGCCUGUCCAUCGAAUUUGUCAAAAUAAAGGAUCAUCCUUUAUAGCUCAGCAGUCUCUGGCGUAUAAUCUUUUCCUGACUACAGCUGUUGGUGAUGGGGUUCGACUGUGGGACUUGAGGAACCUGAGGUGUGUGCGCUGUUUUGAAGGGCAUCCAAACCGCUCUUACCCUUGUGGAGUUGCUUUUAGUCCUUGUGGAAGGCUCAUGGCUUGUGGUGCGGAGGACAGACAUCCCCUCAACAUAGUCUCCAAAUGAGCUCAGGCUUCCAUGGGAGAAGAAAGACACCACUGUCAACAAGCUGGGCAGGACGUCAAG